UUGCAUUCCAGGAAAAAAUUUUUUAACAUUAAACACUGCUAGAAACUUUUAGUGAUAAACAGGUUUUAGCCAUUGUGUACGUUCAAUACAAUAGAUUGUGUUUUGAUGUAUUUCGAGAAGGUCUACUCGCACAUUGUAGCUGAGAUUGCAACAGGUCAUAAGUUUUUACAAAUCUCAAUUAUUGGCAAUACUACACGAGCUCCAUCUACCGCUCUACAUGCUUGUCGAUUAAAGUACAUUUCCUUCCUAGAAUUUCAAGAACUUAAAAAUGGGGAAUCGUCCAUCGAAUGAAACUAAUUCAUCAGUUGAAACUGAUUCGAAACAUAUGGAGGAAGUCCUUGGCUUGAAAAAUAAGACGUCCGACGACGCAGAGGAAACAACAAUGGCGAACCACGGUGAUCGGCAUAUGAUUAGACGUUUUGUCGAAUAUAAAAACGAAAAUGGUGAAAAAGUACUGGAUGAACUGGAAAAUAGCCGAGAACAUUUCACAAAAUUAUUAUCCAGUCAAAAUGAUGACGCCACAUAAUCCAGAAAGGCGCGUGGCUGGAACUGCCCCGAGCACAGCGUCGCUUACGUCACGACAGGGUGGUGGUCUUACUCCGGAGACUGAGGAAAGGAAAAAGAUAUCAGAUACAUUGCAAGAACUCUUGGAAAAAUUUCAAGAAUACAGUAGAAAGCGAUUAGAAAAUGAUGCAGUAAUGAUGGAGCUCAUGGUGGAGGGAAAUCAAUUAAAAGAACGAAACAUGCUACUCUUGCAACAUUUGAUUACUGACCGACAAACGCGAUCUUAAUUAUGGUACAAAUGGAGUAUUUUGAAAAUAAAAAUUUUGUUUUAAAUGCA